AUGGACUAUUCAACGGCGGGAUGGGACAACCCGCCGCCAAUCGCCCACUCAAAUUUGCCGACUUUUGAAAACGCCCUGGCUUCUGAGGUUUAUGAUUUAUGCUAUGGACCUUAUCAACUUUUCAGCGAUUUAUGAAAGCAAAUUGAAGAAUUUUUCAGACAAUACAGUCUUCAGCUUUUUUAUUUAUGAAUAAGCCAAUAAAAUCGAUAGUAUAAAAAAAAACACCAGCGAAAAUUCAAACGGCGACUUUUCCGAUUUUUUCAAUUCGAUUGGGAACUUUCCGGCGGCCACCUUUCCGACUUUUUUCCUUUUGUUUUUCGGUUUAUAAAAAAAUCUAUAAUCAUUUUUUUUCCUAUUUCUUUGUGUUUUAAUCAUGAGCCAACUACCUACUUUAUAUAGGAAGAUUUAAAACGAAGAUUUUAUCGAGAAAAAAAGUCGGAAAGUUCCCUAGCGAUAUGAAAAAAUCGGAAAAGUCGCCGUUUGAAUUUUUGCUGGUUUUUUUUUCAUACCACCAUAAAAUCCUCAAAACAACUUCAACAGAGACAGAAAAAUGACAGUUGUAUAGAAAAACCAUCAGAAAGUGACAAAGCAAACGAAUUUAUGAAAAUACAAAAAUCAAUUCGAUAGUCGCAAAACUACAUUGAACGCGCCAUCAAAAGCUUUAAAAACCAACCAAAAACUGCAAUCGCAAAAAAACGCAAAAAAAAAAACAAUGAAACUUUUGAUGGUACGACAAAAUCUCAAGUCCGCAAAUCUCGAGGACCGUAAUCUUGUGUACGCAGAUCUAAAGUCCCAUAAUCUUGGAAACCAAAAUCUUGGAGACCAAAAUCUUGGAAACCACAAUCUUGGAAAGCAAAAAUCUUCCCUUUUAGUCUUCUUUAUUGCACUUUAUCUACUUAUAUUCUCUUGUUUGGAUCACCGAAUACAAUUUCUGAUAAAAUCUAUUCGCAAAAGCGUUGAUUUUUACUUUUCAAGAUUGUGGUUUCCAAGAUUUUGGUCUCCAAGAUUUUGGUUUCCAAGAUUAUGGGACUUUAGAUCUGCGUACACAAGAUUACGGUCCUCGAGAUUUGCGGACUUGAGAUUUUGUCGUACCAUCAAACUUUUCAAAUGUCUUAGCUGUCGUAAUUUAAAAUGUUUCGUACGUGGACACACCGUGCACCCAAGUUCACGCGCAAAAACCCGUGUUCAGGAGUACGAAGAUGUGACGAAAAAGCGAAAAAACCAGCCUCCGACGGACCACAUGACUUUCAAACAAGCGCUCAUGGCUUCUCAUGGUAGGAAUAUUCUAAAAUUCAUGAUGUUGAUUUUUAUACCAAGGACUUUUACUGGAGUACUGUAAAAAAUAUGAACCCCAGUUACCGUAAUACUAGUUUAAGAGUUACUGUUUCUUAUAUGCUUUCAAACUACCGUAAUCCAAGGAAGAGUUACUGUAAUAAAAUUGUUUUUCAGUUGAAAAAAUGGACGGAACGAUGACCAUGUCGGUGAAAUCGCUGUUCGAAGUGGGAAUGUACGCGAUUUUCCUUCUCGUCCUGGUUUUUGGUGAAUCAAAAAAAAAAUUUUAAAAUGAAAUUUAAUUAUUUUCAGCCGCUUUUUCUCGCCAUUCCGUUCAAACUUACUACUACACGAAGGUCGUCAAUGACUUAUUUGUGGCUCGUCAAGGCUCCGAUUCGGAAAAAGCGUUCACCGACGUCGCCGCGAUGAGCGACGUCUUCGAUGUAGUUUUGCUAAUAUAUUUUUCAAUAUAGUCCGUUUUUCGCGACUUGAAACUUUCUUCUCUACGUCUUCCUCGUCUCUCGGCGGCUCUCUCAUGUUGACGUGCUCUUUUCAUCUUUCUCUGACCUCUCUAGUGAGAGAACAGAUAGACUCAGACACACGAAAACUGUCAAGUCGUGGGGGAUGAACUAUAAGAGUUGAAAUAUUUCAAACGCUGAGCAAUUUUAAAUUCGGGAAUGCGGACCAUAGUUCACUUCAUUUUCACAUCAAUAUCUCAUCAACUACUUGAUAUUUCUUAACUUCUUUAAAGACAUGGGGGCAGUAAAAAACGGGGUUUCAGGUGAAAGCAGUAUCUUGUAUAGUUUUUCUUUGCGAAUCGAACUGUGCUAUCAAAAAAUUACAGAUGUGACUACUUUUGAAGAAAAACGCGAUUUUACUUUCCCGCCUUUAAUUUUGAAAAAAGCUUUGGAUCGGUAUGCAGACAAAUGUUUACAGUAGCCGUGCACGCGAUGUUGCGGACGUCUCAUUAGACUCGCAUUUUGGGAGAAAUAACCGGAUUUGUGAUUCAAAUUAAGGGUUUAUUUUUUGAAAAAAACAUCUAAUCAAAAAAAAUACACACACCGAUAAUAAAGGAAACACAAAAUAUCGCUAUCCCAAUCGAAACCUGUGUAAAAUCAUCAUUUUUCACCAGAAAAGCAUUUUUGCGAUCAAAGUUUGCAAAUUAUACAUGAAUAGUAAGCUUUAGUGACAAAAAGAACUUUGGUGACAACAGAAAAAAUUGAAAUUUGAAAGAAACGAAGAAAAAAGCGAAAAUCCGAAAAAUGGCGAAGCCUGUUGUCCAUAGAGCAACUUUACUGCAAAGUGCCCUUUUCGCGGGAACUCAAGCUUUCCUCUCUCCGACUUUGAAUUAUUUUUUCUCCAAAACUAGGAAAUUCUGUACGUUUCCAAGUUCACCGUUCGAUUCGCAAUGAAAAACUCUACUAAUUACUGCUUUGAACCGAAACACCGUUUUUUACUGCUCCUAUGCCUUUAAGACUGUCAAAAUCAGCAUGACUUUCUCUUCUAGAAGACAUCAAAUCUUCCAUUUCAGUACCUCAACGAAGUUCUGAUAACUGGUCUAUACUCUACCGAGUCGAAUGCCCAGAAUCGGAACCAAACGGACCCAAGAGUGAAUGAAACGGCGAUGGUUUACUUUGAAAAUAAGUUACUCGGGCAGCCGAGGAUCCGGAUGUUGAAGGUACCUGAGCAAAUUUCAAUCAAUAAUCUGUAAUUGAACCAAGGUAACGAAUAAAUCGUGUUCGGUGGUGGCAAGUUUCUCCCGGGAGAUCAAAGAAUGCUUCGCCAGCUACGAGGAGCGUUUCGAGGACAAGACCUCCUUUGGACCCGCCAACAGUGAUGCGUAGGCACAGUAAUAUCUACAGUAAUCUGAGUGGUGUACUGUAGGUACGUCUAUUCCUCCGCGGAGAAACUGGAGACGAACAGUCUAGAAGGCUCCAUUUCGACCUACGGAGGCGGCGGAUUCGUCCAACGUCUGCCUCUCACGGAUUCCAUCACCGCUCAGGCUUACAUCAGCCAAUUAUCGGUUAUUUUUAAUCAAUAAGUCGAUGCGCAGCGAAAUAACAGAUACGUGCGAGCUUCUUGGAUCUCAACAAGACAUCUUAUCUUUUGAAUAUUGAGUCGAUGCGCAGCGAAAAAGGAAAAAACUAGAAGUGUUUUAAGAUCCCAGGAGCCUUGGAAUUUCGAUAAAGCCUCUCAUUUUGUGAAUUUUCAGUCGAUGCGCAGCGAAAUUUGUGAUACGAAGCGGGAAAAAAAAGUUAAACUUUUCUGUAAAAGUCGUCUUUAUAAUGCUAAAGAUUUCGAGAUUUUUAAAAGUCUUUUUUUCUCGAAAACUUUGAGUUGAUGCGCAGCGAAAUAUGAGAUACGUGGAUCUGGAGAAAUCUCUAUGUUAGCCAGAGCUUUCGGGAUUUCGAUAAAGCCAAUUUCUUUUAAACUUUGAGUUGAUGCGCAGCGAAAUGAGGGUUAUGUAACAGAACAAAUAGCUUAAAACGUUUCUAUGUUCACAGGGCUUUUUCUGAAAAAAAAAUAAAUUUUUUUCGUAAAAAGUUGAGUUGAUGCGCAGCGAAUAAAGGGAUACGAGGCGGCAGUGAAAAAAUCUGGUUGUCCUAGUUGAUGCGAAGCCAAAUGAAGGAUAGAAAAAAUAGAAAAAUCUUUGUCUCUGUCCACGAAGAUAUUCUGAAGCUCUGAGAUUUUUUUCAGACAAGUUAGAGUUUUCAGUUGAUGCGCAGCCAAAUAACGAUACGUAGCGGGAAAUUCGGAUUAUAUUUCCGUAAAGUAUAGUGUAUAAAGUACAGUUACUUCUUAUCAAAGUUGGAGUGUGCUAAAAACUUUUAUAAAUUCAAAACGACGUAUCCAAGCCGCGCCGCGACCGCUUCGCGUACGAGCCAUUCCAAAUUUGAAAUGGAUUAUUCUCCAGGCGAACCGUUGGAUCAGCCGCGGCACUCGGGCGGUCAUCGUCGAUUUUGCCCUCUACAACGGAAAUAUCAACCUUUUCUGCGUCAUUCAGUAAUUUUUCACCAUAUACCUUGCCCUUCAAAAUGAAAUAAGGAACGAAAGAAAAGUUUUCAGGCUUUUAUUUGAACUUCCCGCCACCGGCGGAGUGAUCCCUACAGCGAGAUUGACGGCGAUGGACCUUAUUCGGUACCAAGGAACCUUUGGCAAAUUUAUGAUCGCGAUUGAAGGAAUAUUCACAGGAUUUGUGGUGAUUUUCAACGGAAAUCCACCAAAAAUAUCCAAUUUUGAAGGCAUUUUUCGUCUUCGAGGAGAUUUUCGAGGUGAUCAGAAGUCGGUUACGGUAUUUCGCCUCAUUUUGGAACUUGAUUGACAUUAUCACGUUAUCGGUGAGUGAUUUUGGGAAGUUCCCAAACAGGCGGCAGAUGUGGUCAUUGGGCGUGGCCGUAUGCAAUGGGGGCGCGGCUUAUUGCAAUAGUGGCGCGACAGUGAGAGCCGUUUUUUGCGCAUUUACUGGAUGAAAACAUAACGUUGAAAAGUGUUUUUCAAGGUCUUCUUGAACUUUUAGAAUAGAUUGAAUUUAUUCAAACGCACAAUGAACCUAUUGAAAAGGAAAUAUAUGAACGUAAUCUCUUUUGCCAAACAAUUUAUCACACGAAAUGUUUUUUUCAGGAAAAUUCGUCGCGUGAAGUCCUAAAACAUUUUUUGAAGAAAAAAACCCAAGCCUAAGCCUUCAAAAAACGCAUUUUGAAUAUUCUGAAACGAAAAAAGAAUCAAUUGGCUUCGGCACAAAAAUUUAUAACUCAAAAAGCCAUUUUAGAUAACAUUUAAAUCAACAAUAUUUUCAAAAAUUGUUAUACAUUUUGUGGUCGAGCGUGUUUUCAAAGCAAAAACUCCACAAAGUUGCAAUUUUGAACCAUUCCCCAUGCGGCCAGGAUGUUUCAGAAAACGAAAGGUUCAAUUAGAAAUAAUAGUCCGAAAUCGCCCGAAAAAAGGUUCAAACAAUUGGGAGAAUUUUAGGGAUCACUUUAGGGUUUUGACCUUUUAGUGGUUCCUAAAGGGACUGAAUAGUAGGCCCUCAGAGGUCUAAUUGGUACUUCUAUUUUCUUAAAAACUGCUAAAGUGGCCACUAAGACACAAAAUAGUGGCUUUUAUAGAAGUGAUUUUUGUGGCCACUUUAGUGUCUUCUCCAAGUAGUCCUUGAGGAAUCUCUUAAGUGGCCACUAGAGUUUUUCCUAGGGCUCAAAAAGGACUAAAAAAGGGAAAAAAGUGUUUUUUUUUUCACUUUGAAAAUUGGACAAAUUCAAUAAACAGAGUUAGCACUAUUAAAUUAAAUGAUGAACUCCAUAUUAAGGUUCAGGAAAAACAAUAAACUCAAUAUUUAAGCUUUGCGGCGCGGCGAUCGUCCUUUCCUACCGGAAAACGAAGAUUUCUACGAAUCGUAUCAAUCAAAUUCUGAGCAGUUAGUUAUUUUCCCUUCUUUCUUGAAUUUCAAAGAAGAUUUUUGAAAAAAACGUGUUCAGACGGCUUACAAACGGCUUCAUUUGAUGACGUUGUAGCUGCGGAAAAUUGGUACCGAAAUAUUGUCGCGAUUCUUCUUUUUCUCGCCUGGAUCAAGGUUAAUGAGUUGAUGACUUUUUCAGAGAUCCUAAAAAUUUUACAAUCAGAAAAAAAGCGGAGUCUGAACAGGCUGAAGUUUCAUAGAAUCUAAAGUUUUAGAAAUUAUACUGAGUUUCACUGGCUUUUUAAAAGCUUUUACAGAGUGUAGAGAAAUUUUUGAAGGCGCAGGGCGGAGCUUUGAAGGUUAGAUGAGUUUUUAAAGGCGCAGUGCGGAGAUUCAAAUUGUAAAUGUGUUCUUAAAGGGGCAGGACGAAGCUUUCAAGGUUAGAAAAAUUAUUAAAGGCGCAGGGUGGAGUUUCAAAGUACAUAUGAGUUUUCAAAGGCGCAGGGCGGAGCUGUGAAGUGAAUAUGAGAUUUUAAAGACGUAGGGCGGAUCUUCAAAGUGUAGGUGAUUUUUUAAAGGCGCAGGGUGGAGCUUUGAAGUUUAGGUGAUUUUUUAAAGGCCCAGGGCGGAGGUUUAAAACGUAGAGUAGUUAUUAAAGGCGCAGGGUGGAGCUUUGAAGUUUAGGUGAUUUUUUAAAGGCCCAGGGCGGAGGUUUAAAACGUAGAGUAGUUAUUAAAGGCGCAGGGCGGAGCUUUGAAGUUUAGGUGAAUUUUUAAAGGCGCAUGGCGCCGCUUCAAAGCGUAGAGCUGUCAUUAAAGGCGCAGGGCGGAGCUUUGAAGUUUAGGUAUUUUUUAACGGCGCAGUGCGGAGCUUUGAAGUUUAGGUGAUUUUUUAAAGGCGUAGGGCGGAGCUUUGAAGUUUAGGUGAUUUUUUAAAGGCGCAGGGCGCCGCUUUAAAGCGUAGAGCUGUCAUUAAAGGCUCAGGGCGGAGCUUUGAAGUUUAGGUGAUUUUUUAAAGGCGUAGGGCGGAGCUUUGAAGUUUAGGUGAUUUUUUAGAGGCGCAGGGCGCCGCUUCAAAGCGCAGAGCUGUCAUUAAAGGCGCAAGGCGGAGCUUAGAAAUGUUCCUAGAGCAAAAUCUCUAAAAAAAAAGUUAGGUAUUGCGAAAAACCCGGUACUAUCUGUAUAAUUUAUGUUUUGUGUUACAGAGAAAGGAUAAAUAACUGCUUAAAAACACUUCGCAUUCGUAUUUAAUAGUUGGAGAUUCGCGAAAGAGAACAUGAGAAUUUUGCGUUUUCCAGGUGUUCAAGUACAUCAGCGUGAACAAGACGAUGUCGCAAUUAUCCGCGACUUUGACGCGAUCCGCCAAGGAUAUCGGCGGUUUCGCCGUCAUGUUCGCCGUGUUCUUCUUCGCCUACGCUCAGUUUGGCUAUUUGACCUUUGGAACUCAGGUGAAUUCAUUAAUAUCUCGGAAUAAUGAUUCUAGUGGUCACUUAAGAGGUCCCUCAAGGACUACUUGGAGAGAACACUAAAGUGGCCACUGUUUGGUGCCCUUGAGUGGCCGAUAAAUCUACUACUAUAUUGGCCAUUAAAACGUCAAACCCCUAAAGUGGCCACUAGAAAUUCCCCAGCGAUUUUGAAAAACUUUCAACUUUUGUAGCAUCAUAUUAAGCUUCUUCCGUCCUUGAAAAUUUGAAAAUCUCAUGAAAAGUUCUCAAAAAUCCUUCAGAUUUCCGACUACUCCACCUUCUAUGACGCCGUGUUCGCCCUGCUCCGAACGAUUCUUGGCGAUUUCGACUUCAAUGCCUUGGAAAAGACGAACCGAAUCCUCGGCCCGGCCUUUUUCAUCUCCUACGUCUUCUUCGUCUUCUUCGUGUUGCUGGUGAGUUGCGACGCGGCUAAGUGACUCGGCUAUGGCUUAAAAUUGAACUUAUUAGUAUGUUCCGCGAACGGUCACGUUUCAAAAAAUAACAGAAAAAGAGUUAGUCCUGAGCGACUCGACUGUGCGACUCGGCUGAGCGACUCGGCUGAGCGACUCGACUGUGCGACUCGGCUGAGCGACUCGGCUGAGCGACUCGGCUGAGCGACUCGGCUGUGCGACUCAGUUGUGCGACUCAGCUGUACGAUUCGGCUGUGCGACUUGGCUGUACGACCCGGCUGUACGACUCUGCUGUACCACUCGGCUCUGCGACUCGGCUGUGUGGUUCGGCUGUGCGACUCGACUGUGCGACUCGGCUGUGCGGCUCGAUUGCGCGAAUCGGCUGUGCGACUCGACUGUGCGACUCGGCUGUGCGACUCGGCUGAGCGACCCGGCUAUGACUUUAGCUCGAAUACUUGA